AUGGUCUGGCUGGGAGCGCUGGCUUUCUCACUUCCAGUCAUGGUGGCAUCUAAAACUGCACAAUUGGAAGGCACGGAUUUUUUGAGUUGCGCAGAGUUUUGGGCGCCCAUGUCGGCGAACACUUUCAGCCUAGUUCUUAUUAUAGGCGGGUACAUCAUUCCACUGAUAAUCAUCGCCGCUGUCUACAGUCUAGCAGGGAUACGUCUCUGGAGUAGACAACUUCCUGGUCAUAGGAAUUUGGUCUCAAACAAAAAAGCACAGUCGUCCAGCAGGCGUGCGACAGCUAUGUUGAUAACUGUAGUUAUUGUCUUCGCCCUGUCUUGGCUACCUUUUCAAGCUUUGGAGAUGCUUCGUCAGUACAACAGGCCACUGUAUAAAUCACUUCCUAUUGAAUUUCUGUUUAUCGCACCGUGGUUUGGUUACGCUAACAGUGCUAUUAACCCAAUCCUCUAUGUGAUAUUCUCCGAGAAUUAUCGAAAGGAGUUCUACCGAAUACUUUGUAGAGGACCGAGUAGGAAGGACCGCAACAGGAAAGCUGUUAUUGAAGGUGUACGUGCACAAAGGGAACAGCCAAAGUGCAGUGAACGUCACUAUACAUCGACUCAUUCGAUUCAUUGUUUACCUGCUGAUGUACCUCAGAAUUUCGAAUCCCGAGAAAGUGGGUUGUCUGCCAAUAAACAGAGGACCCUUGAUUCAAGUGAACGUUCUUUGGCAGUUGACACAGCGCCGACUUGCGAGUCCAGUAAAAGUCGUUUGGCUUCAAAUAUACCACUGACUGGCGAGUCCUCUGAGCAGCCCAGCUCCUUGGGUCUUGAUAAGCCAUUGACCCAAAAGUCUCCUGAAGUCUCAUUACCAGUUUUGGAAAUUCCAGUGAUCCAUGUGUGUCGUGGAAAUUCUCUGACUGAUAAUAAAUCAGUGACCUGUGAGUCUCUGAAAGAGUCGUUGGCUGCCAAUUUACCGCUGACCGUUCCUAAGUCUCCUGUAAGCGCGUUAACAGCCAACAUAUCGCCAACUUGUGAUAGCCAUCAAAGGGUAUUGACUGUGGAGGUGACGCCUUCUACUGAAUCUUGUCGAUGCUUUACAGUUACAAAUAUGCCUGUCGAUGAGGUCUGUGUAAAUAUGGAGAACAAUAAACUUUAAUCAACUUGCCGACAUCCUGGAUGAUAUAAAAAAAGCACUGUCGUCCAGUGGGAGGACGAUUCCUAUGUCGAUAAUUGUGGUUAAUUUCUUAGUUUCCUUUUCAAGUUUAAAUAUGCUUCAUAAAUAUAAUGAGCCACUGUUUUUCUUGCUGCCCUGUCAAGUACUAUAUUUACUAAGCCUUGGCUUUUGCUACGCUAAAAGUGUCAUUACAUAUCUCAGUUCCUUAUGUAACAUUCUCAGAUGUAAUUACCUUCAGGGCCCAGUUGUUCGAACGCCGGUUAGCGGUUUUAUCGAGGGCUUCUUUUUCGUUUGCUCAAAAGCACUGUCUAAGAUAAUUUUCUAUAUUCCUUUUAGAGUAUCAAAUCAUCAAACUGUAGGCAAAGAAAAUUAAACUGAAUUUGUUUUUUAAGCUCUCAUAUCUGAGUUCAAAUUUCCCACUAACCCCGGGUUACUUAACCCAGCUUCGAACAACCCGGUCCAGGAGAUUUACACAGUGGCAUUCUGGUAUCUCAAGACCAACCAGAAAUGACCGCUACAGCAGAACAAUGAAUAAGCUGAGGCACCAUACUGAAGAUCAGGUGAUCAGAAGUAAAUCUCCACCGAAAAAGGUGACGACGAGAAGCGAUAUGACAAUCGUCCUAUCUUCCCCGUUUUAAAUCAACUCGUGUUUCUUUGGUGGACUAUAUAGGCGACUCCGUUAAGCACAGUGGCAGCAAAAGAGGAACUUGACAGAGAUUUUACUAUUGCAUACUUCGCGCAACAGACCGUAACAGACAACCUCAGCUGUAGUUCUCUUGGAUAUGAGGAAAGCACACGUACUGUGAAUGGUUUGAAUGCAGGAGUCAUUUCAUAAGUAGGUGGAAGAUGAUCGUCGAGUGAGUGUGGUCCUGAAAAGGACUGUUUUUGACGGUGACUGACGUUUUGACAACCUGUAGAGUAGUCAUCUUCAGAGUUGAAGGACCUACAUACGGUUAAAAAAUCUACUUGAAAGUGACUUGUCAUCCUUUGUCAUCGAAUGGUUCAAGAGUUACUUGGUGAUGCCAGUGUUUUACGAUGUUCCCUGGAUAAUGUCCUGGGGCUGUUGCUUUUCACAGUUUUUGUCAAUGACUUGACUUGAAUUCCACAGUGCUAAUACACGGGAUGUUAUGUUGGUGACUUUAAACUAUGUCCUUCAGAGUUGAAAUGGCAUGGCUACCAUGAAUGACGACCUUUUUAGCUAAAUUGGACUAAAUUGCAUUUAGAGAAGAGAACGUGAAGAAAAUGAGGCUAAUUUUCUAACGCAGGUUUAGAUUUUCGUCUUAACCAUUUGGGACCUAAGCAUGGCAUUUCAUAGCAACCACAUAUUCAAUAAGCCUUACUGUGAAAACAGCCGUUUCUCCUCGCUCCUGGCCGCUUAGGACGUUUCCCCAGAAAAAACGUCUGCGCCUCAGAGUGAGGAAGAAGUGAAUUCACGCUACUUCAAACUUUAUCGCACUCAUUCCAACUCGUUCUAUUCAUCAAAUAAUGGCAUUUUUUUCUGGAGUUGAAUUCUAAAAGACUGUAAUGAAAGUUCAGGAAAAGUAAAAGAAAGUCGUCUUGUGUUCACGUCCUCGACACAACGUGAAAUUAGGCACUUUCACGUUGUAGUCGCGCAGCGACGGCAAAUAAUUGUACAAAAUAGUGAUGCACGUGCAAAGUUGUUGUUGUGCUGCCAAUCUAAACCUCUUGCUUUUUUUCCGUUCUCGUUGCCGUCGCCGUCGUCGUUGCUUAAGCUCCCUACUUCUGUCGCUAAGACGCAGACUUCUCUCCUAGGGAGAAACGGCUGUUUUCGCAGGCUUAUAUUCAAUCAGCACAUAAUUAAAACUGUCUUUUUGCAUGUGUCUCUUAGCUAGGGUAGGGAAGCUGAGUACAUUGUGUCUUAAAGCCUUGUUGAUUAAAUUGUUGGUUUAUGUAGAAAAGGAUGAAAUGAUAUCAAUUCAACAUCCUCUCGUCAGAAGUUGCUUUUUUCACAAGUCUUAUUAUACAAAUCCUAGAACUAGGUGAGAGGACUGGUUGGACGUUAAAAGACGGUUAAUGUUAUUAUAGGAAAACAAAUGGUCAAAAAUUUUCGAUGGCUUAUUUUACAAAAAGAUGAUAAUUUUUCAUGAUCCUGUUUAAAACAAAUAGAGUAUUGCCCAUGGAAAACUGUUGCCUGAUAUAUUAUAUAGAAUACUGAACAAUAUCCACACUGCAACUGUAGGUAACCAGCAAUCAGCAGUUUCCCGAUCCAAUACAAUGCAAGAAAUAGCAGCGGUUAAGGCAGAGUCAAAUCGAUAUUGUGGUGAAGUUGUGAAAAUAUAAGAGCACGAGUCAUGAUUAAAUUUGUUUAUCGCUUUGUGGCAGUUAGAUCAACAAUUGAACAACAACAACGACAAAAAUUUAGUGGCUUUGGAGGCUAAAGUUUUACUAGAGUCAGUAAGACUCGAUGUAAGGAUAAACAGGGGUUAGGUUUGUAAAUAUACAUGUAACUAAAAAUUGUUAUUGAAUGAAUGUAAUGGAAGAUAAUGAAUAUGAUACGAUUGACAAAAGGCGUAAUCUAUUAUUGUUGUCAACUUCGUCCUCAGGGAGUUUCCAAGGAAACUGGGAGGGGCACCCCUGUGGGGAGGGGGUUAUAUACAUAGGCUCGAGUACCAGCCACUGUUAAGGAAGUGAGCCAGCGCUCCACGAGACCGAACCCUAAAGAGCGGCGGGAAUGAGUUUGGAUCGUCAGCGACUGAAUAUUGCUUGCUCUUCUACGAAUUUGAUCACUUCCUCUUCUCUGAUCUCGACAAACCAGCUUGUCUCCACUAUACAUAAUAAAUUUAAAACUUAAUUUCGAUUCAUGAAAACUGCGAAAGGAACAAACAAAACGAAAAACCACAAGUGCUUGACAGCGCGGGAAAAUAUUGUGAGCUAAUUGGUCAAAAAUGAUAUCACACGUGUGUAGAUAGAAAUGAUAUCACCACUGGCGGGAUAGCGCAUUUUUCUUUUGCUACCACUUAGUAUACCGCUAACUUCUAUUUAAUAGAUGGAUGGAUGUUAUCUUCCUCACACUCAGCCUCAUCCUAUAGUUGUUUCAGUUGUUUGUUUAAGAAACCGACGAGCAUUGUGUGGGUUUCUUAAUGCACUGACUUAGUCUCAAGAAUAAUUGUCGGGGACUUUAUAGUGACAUUUUUCCUACACCACCUGCAUGCAUUCUGUAAAGUAAACGGGUAAGUCUUUUUCAUUAUUUGCGCGCGCUUUUGAGAUCAAGUAAAGACAAACAGCACAGCUUUUAUUUCAAACUGACGUUAGCGCAUUAGGAUGUUGAGGGGGAAUCGGAGGUAGAAUAUUCCAGGUUCUAGCUUAUUUCAGCAUAAUAUAAAUUUUUCCGAUAAAAUUUACAGACAAAUGUAUGGUAAAUGAAAAAUACAUUCGUGUUAGUUCUUGCUCUUGUUCUUCUUGAUUUUCAAACCGGAAUUUCCGGUUUUCCCACGUACACGGUAAGUACCCCAGCAUUCAGUUCGAAUUCAGUUUUCCGAUCCGUAACAGCAAUCUGAGGAACAGCAGCGGUUAAGUAAGAGCAGAAUCAAAUCGGUAUUGUGGUCAAAUUGUGUAAAUGUGAGAGCUUGAGUGAUGCAUUAAUGUUGUUUAGUUUAAGAAAGUUUUUCACGGAAGGUAUCUAAUCUCUUUGCGGCAGUUAGAUUGACGAGAUAAACAGACGCAAAAAGCAAAAAAGUGGUCAGUUUUGAAAGCUUAAAUUUUAUUUGAUUUAUUAAGACUAUGUAGGUGUAAACAGAGAUUAGAAAUAGAAUUAAAGAUUGAUGUUGAAUGAAUGUAAUGGAAGAUAAUAAAUGCGUGGUACAAUUGACAAAAGACGUAAUCUAUUAUUGACAACUUCUCCCCUAGAGAGUUUCCAUAGGAAACUGGGAGGGACGCCCCCUCCUCUUAUUUUGUAGGGGCGGGGGGUGGGGAGCCGCGGCGAGGACAUGAUAUACGUGGGCUCGAUUACUAGCCACUGUUCGGCAAAUGAACUCGCGCUCCCAGACACCGGACCCACGACAGUGGCGGAAAUCAAACCUAGAUUCUACGAAGAAAGUGGAGUGUAGAAAUAACCAAUUUUUUUUAUAGAUGCACAUCCAUGGCCAGUUAUAUGCACCAGCCCGCGAGCAAGCUCUUCCCCAGUUCGAGUUGCAAGUGAAGCAAGCCGCAAGACAACGCGCGAGCGAGCGAGCGACCCCAUUCAGCCCUUCACACUUGCUCUGGCGUCUCAGUUUUGAGUGCCUUGUGACUUCUCAUCCCCCAUAUGGGGAGUUUGUUCGCAGGGUUUGUGUGCACUUGGUUCCUGCCACGAAAGUGCCAUUAGCUUUGUCUUAUUAUUUCAAACCCCAAAAAACACGAACUACGAAAAUAUUUUUUUUCCGUUCACAGGGAAAAAAAGGCAAGUUAAGUACUGGCAUUCAAGAAUUUAGUAAAUAUGAUUUGGCUCCUCUGUUACUUGAUUUAAUAUUUUAAAUUAUUGCUUUAAAACAGACAUACUAUCAAAAAGGUUGGAUUUGAAAUAAGUAAAUAAACAUUAAAGUAGCAAGCUAUUUUCUGUUGUCUUCUUUGCCUUUUUUAGGCCGUUUAUGAUUCAACAUUUGUUCAUUCCAACCACAUUUUAAGCUAAGGAAAAAUAAUAUACCCUCUCUAAAAAAGAACGGGGCUCAAAUAGAACGCAAGUUCAGAGUCCACCUGGUCAACUGGGCAAGCUUUGAAAUAAAUUUUGGGGUGAUAUAGAAUUGAAGAACAGAGCUCAAUCUUGUUUUCAAUGAUGGCUUGCCUUGUUACAAACGCCAUCUUUAAAAUGAAGCUUCGGCCAGUCCUUUCCCACUUUCGAUGAAAAAUGUGUGUGCUGUUCAAUCGCCGCUGAAGGGCUAAAUCUUUGUCAAUAGAAAUGUAUAAUAAACAGGUAGACCCUUGGUAUAAACGUAGGACAAGAAUAUCGUUAGAAAAUUGGCUAGCAUUAACAAGUAACAUGCCUUUCUACUUAAGCUUUAAGCACAGCGUCCGAGUAAAAAUUGUGAGGCGGUAGUUCUGCUUUUGUUAAGAUAUCUGUGGAUGCUUGAAAGAAAUCCUCUGAAACUCGUGGGUUCAUGGUCGGAGCCAUCUUUUUUUCCAACUCCAAAUGUGGUCGUUCAGAAGUUGUGGUGAAAGCUCGUGAAGAGAUGUUGGAGAACGAACUGCAAGCCAGCGUUUGAUGUCUGAAUGAAAUUAUUGAAUAACUCGACGUCGUAAAAUGUUUUCCUCUUUGUAUUCGGAUUUUCUUGUUCUUCUACGAAUUUGACCAGUUCCUCAUCUCUGAUCUCGACAAACCAGCUUGUCUCCAUUUUAUAAUUAAUUUAAAACUUAACUUCGACUCGUGAAAACUGCGAAAGGAACAAACGACGGAAAACCAUAAGUGCUUGACAGCGCGGGAAAAUACUGUGAGCUGAUUGGUCAAAAAGGAUAUUACACAUGGGUAGAUAGAAAUGAUAUCACCACUAGCUAGAUAGCGCAUUUAUCUUUUUGCUACCACUUGGUAGAACCGUUAUCUUCUAUUUAAUAAAAACGUUUAUGCAGUACUAUUAUGUGGAUCUUAGAGGGUGUUAUCUUCCUUACAAUCAGCCUCAUCCUGUAGUUGUUUCUGUGUUUGUUUAAGAAACCGACGAGCAUCGCGUGGGUUUUUUACUGCAUUGACUUAGUCUCAAGAAUAAUUGUUGGGGACUUUUAGGUACAUUUUUCCUACACCACCUGCAUGCAUUCUGUAAAGUAAACGGGUGGGUCUUUUCCAUUUUAGUGCGCGCUUUUUAGAUAAAGUAAAGACCAACAGCAGAGUUUUUAUUUCAAACUGACGUUGGCCCAUUAGCAUGUUGAGGGCCGCGGAAUCUGAGGUAGAAUAUUCCAGGUUCUUUAGUUUAGCAUAAUAUAUUUUUCCAAUAAAAUUUACAGACGAAUGUAUGGUAAAUGAAAAAUACAAUCGUACUAGUUCGCGCGUAAGUUAAAUUGGUCUCCCCAAUAUCUAUAAAGCUGUAUCCUAGUUUUUAAACCAAGUUUGAUAACCACCCUAAGGAAAUCUCCUUUUAACAAGCGAAAAUCGAUAUGUACAAACGAGCCAAUGAGUAAUUAAAAAAAAGCCAAAACUUUUAUGAAUUGACUUUAAUCUUUCGAUGCAUUUUUCAAUCUCUGAUCUUUUUAUCUAGCCUAUAAAAUUAGGUAUGUCUAUUUCUUCAGUGAGCAAUAAAGACCUUAUCAUUUACCUUAUUAUUUUUUCAGUUCAUACUUUUCCGUGACAAUUUUAUCUUUUAUGAAAAUUAUUGACACCGGUUCUAAUAGAAGCUAUAGACUUUGGUGUCUAUCAAAGGGGAAGUUAAACUUAAGCUUUGAUAAAGUUACGGUAAUAGGACCGUGUGAUGUACUCGACCAAUUAGCAUAAGAAAUUAUGAGUCAGGUUACCCUUGGACGGUAUGACACGAAAUCCUUUUACCAAUGAAUUGGGUCAAUAACAGAGGCACACACUAAUGUGAUAAAUGAUGGAAGCACAAGUUUCUUAUAACAUCUGUCUGUAGCUCGAUUUUUCGUAUUAUGAGACUUGAGUAACAGCAUUGUUGUUGCUGUUGCUGUGUGUUUUUUUAUGGAGAUUGUUCUACAGGAUGUAAAAUGUCUAAGAAAAAACUGAUUCAUUUUUGUUGAGUUUUUUUUUACAGGCCGAAUCUGGGGUACUUGCUCUCUAAGUUAUUUUAAUUUGGACUGGUUAACAUGGACUAAGUAGAUUUAAAAAUCGUAUUGUCUAAGCAACAUUUGGUUGUUUAAUUUUCAUUUGGCUAUGCGACUGGCUGAUUUGAAGCACCAUCUAAUUGGACUGCUAUGGAUAGCAGCCCCCAACAAAUAAGAGAUAUUGAAAAACAAGACUGACUCAAGCAUUUAUAUUUGAUGCCAAUAAAAGAAUAAUAGUAGUCUUACCAAUGCUAAUGUACCCAUAUUUAACACGAGGAAAGAAUGGAAUUCACCAUUUCCAUUUACACAUAGACCAUAAUGCACCUUGUUUCCUCCCCCAAGAAAACCAACCAAACAAAAAAACCAAACUUUGUCUGACCAUUGUUUUCGAUUUCUCCUGGGACGACUGUAAUACCCAGGAAAAUUAGAAACAAUAGCAUGCAAAAUUCUGAGGGGUAAACAAGGUGCAUUAUGGUCUAUGUGAAAGUAUAAAUACAUUAAGCGAAAUGUUGUCUUUUUUCAUGGAACAUAAGGUGGCAAACGGUGCAUGAUACUGUAUACAGUAUGUUGCCCAGUAUCCGGACGGUACCAGUAUCCGGACACUUGAAACAAAAACUCAAUUUUUGAGGCGCCGUUUUCAGUUCUCGGUAAACGAAGUAUUUCGAAUGAAAGCUGAACAUAUCAGCUUUAAGAUGAAAGUUUUGGCGAUUUGAAAGCUUGCGAAACAGUCGCAGAAGGCGCCGUUCUGUUCAGGUGAGUAAACUUUUCAUGACCAAUAUUUACGCUGUUGACUGCGCAGUAAAAUUAGUGCUGCUCAGAAAAGGGAGGGUAAUGUGUGAUGUUUCAAAGAAACUGUUUUAUUUUUAACGUGAAGAUGCUUAAGGAAGUCAGGUUUUCAGAAAGUUUAUUAAUUCUUCUUGAAAUUCCAUUUGUUUGGAAUAACGGAGGCCAGAAACAUUCACUAAGUUUUGAUGUCAUGUGCCCAGUAUCCGGACAGUUUUUUCUUUGCUGUACAGAAUCGAUGAAUUAGGUGUGUACAUUAUCCGGAUAGGGUUUAUUUCAUAUCAGUAACUAUAAUUAAAGUUUAGGAUAUAUGAUAUAGUCGUAAAAUGUAAUUCUACUCAACUCCGUAUGGAAAUUUUCUUUACUCGUUCAGAGGCGACUCGAUUUCGUGUGCACGGCUUGUUUCGCGUGACUGCAUUUUUAAUAUAUAACUGAAAGCGUCUGAGUUGAACCUGUUGAACCUGGAAUUCUCAUACUUUCCCCGGUUGUGACUGCUAGAAUGGGGUUGCAACGGUCUGAAAAAUGUCACAAAGGGAUUGAGAGAUGUGAAAGAAGGAGGAAUUAGUGCUAGAAAAGCAGGCUUAUUGUGGGGACUGAGCAUGAAGAAAUCAACACUGCGGGUCAGACUAAAUAGGAGAGUGACCUUUGACCGUCCGGUUGAGGUCCCUUCCCCAAGCUUUUUUUAAAAUAAAAAAUGAAGAAAGAAAGUCGUUUGCAGAUUCGCUAAUUGAGCUUGCAAACUGCGGCUUCGGCAUGUCCACGGAUGCCUUCCUUAAAUCAGUGAAAAAGUUCCUAGACAAGGAAGUAAGAAUUAUACCAUUUUCAAAACAGCCGCUCGCGUUCCCCACCAUACCCCAGUCGUUUGUUAUGUUUUAUUUCACGAUGCUAGGUUAUAUUUUUGGAAUCAAUUGCCAGACUACUUUGCAAGUGCAAGAGAAGCUUAUAAGUCGCUUGCCUGUCGAAAUUUAUGUACAAUUACGUUGUUAUUGUUGUGUCCGGAUACUGGGCCAGCUGUCCGGAUACUGGGCAACAUAGGAGCUCUGCAAAAAUAUUAAUUUCGCGAUGGAAACAAAGGCAAAAAAGUUAAACUGUCUUUCGUCAUAUUAAGGACUAAAUAGAUUUUCUCUGGGCCAAAUUUCAGAGCUCAUGCGAUUAACAAAGGAAAGUUAUUGCAAUCUUAAACUGAAGUGUCCGGAUACUGGGCAACAUACUGUAGCCCAGUUUAACGGGAAAGGUUUUUUUUUCUUCUUUUUUAAAAAAUCUAGUAUCUAUCAUAUCUGAAAGAUUAUAACGUGUAACUAAAAUUGAUCCCAUUUUCUACGUUUAUGACGAAAGCGUUGUAAUAAAACAAUUCAGAAAAAAGUGACAGUUAGUGUUGAUUCCCAGUAUAGCGUAAUUUUUCUGUGCGUACGUGCGUAAAAUUUACGUUCGCAAAUAAAAUAGAGGCAAUGCAUGAAAGGUCGCUCGUUAGCGUAAAAUUUGAACCUCGCUUAACUUCUCGUUUAAGGUCAGCACUUUUUAAUAUCGCUAUUCUCGACUGUGUUACUUCGUAAAAAUAGUGUUUUAAGUAUUUAGUUUUUGUGGGAACACGAAUUCUGCAUACUGAGUGGUAUGCGAAAACGUCUGCAAGAAACAUAAUAGUUCACUGACGUAUUUCUUCACUUCCAUUAAACUGAAGUCGUCAAGUACUCUCGCUUUUAAAAAUCACGUGACUUUCUCCUUUUUGAAAUGACAGACGCAAGUAAGCGUUCUAUGAACAAUUUGAUAGAGGCUAUUUCAUGGAGGGUAUUAAAAUUAUCAUGUUUUUGAAAUGUGCAACAAAAGGCGAAGUCAAGGUUUCCUUAGCAUGCCUUCCAGUAUUGACAGGAAUGCAAAAAUAUGAUUUAAAACAAGGCUGGGGGCGGAAUAGACACCAAGAACACCUGGUAUUGACGAUAACAUGUCAAGAAAUGGGACGAGAAAAAAAUUAACUUGAACUUGACAAAUUUUUAUUGUCUUCCGGAGAAACAUCAAUAAACAAAAUAAGAACUGUGCAAGUUGCAGGUGUUACUCUGUAUUAUAAAAGUUCAAAUGAAUUAAUGUGUAGAUUAUAGUACUGAAGGAUAUAGCCCAAAAACGGCAGAAGAACUUUCGAUUCAACAGGCGCCUCGACCUUGAACAGACGUGCGAAAAAAAAGGAAAAUAACGGACAGCCAAGGUAACACUUUUUCCUUUCUGAAAUUUCUUUGCUUGAUGUUUUUCUCCAGAGGCUUUGCCAGUCUCUUUAUUCACAAGGCAGAAGGGCUUUUCAUAGUUUGAAAUUUUACAAGUGUUUCAAGGUUUUCUGAAAACCUUGUCCUAAUGUACUUAAGUUAACUACAAGUACGUAUCUCUGGUAUCUCGCAAACCCUCGUGAAAGAAGUUACGUUGAAAACUGGUUGGGUGACCAGCCGGGAUUGAUCGAGUACCGAGCUGAAACCAGUCUUUGAUCUAUCGGUUGGGAAAGAACCAGGACUGAAGAACCAAUUCAAUGCGGGUUUGCCUCGGUGUGUGACAUGAAUUGAGAAGUGGAUUUCAGGAAAAAGCAAGGUUUAAAACGAAGUAACGAGCUUGAAUUAUUCAGUUGACUUGAGAAAUUAAGCUCUGGCUGCUAAACAAAUCAACUAUGAUGGAAUCAUCGAUUUCCUUCGGCUUUGCCAAAAUUCUGAUCUAACUCCUGCAUUUGCUAAGAUCCUCCGAACAGUUUGCCAGAAAUGUCAUCGGGAAAUCGGGAACAACUGCGUAACAAAUCCAAGAAGAAUAUCACUCUAACGAAUCAACGGAAUCUACAGUAAAAUUCAUCAGAACAUCUCCUCUUCCCAUUACCCAUAUGUUAUUAACGAUGGCGUUGCUACGUAAAAAGACCUAUCAGAAAAUGGCAGAGGAAAACGCACAAAAAAAUGCACAGUUGCUGUGCAGGGAUAUCGACGUGGAUGAACAAGUACAGAACAUAUCAUAUCAUCGAGAUUAAACACUUCGAAAUUAAUGAAAAUAAUUUUCUUGUCUCAGUGUCAGUUUCACAAAUGCACCGUUAAGGUGGAUUUCCACUGUCGCGUAAUUUUUUACGCGCGUAUUGAAGUAUUAGAGACCUUUGGCAUCAGGCAAACCGCAAACCGCAAACCGCAGUUUGCAGUUACGCGUUUGCAGUUUCGCGUUGCCGAGAUUUCAAGUUUUAGCAAGGCGUUCAGUUCAGUUCAUUUUUAUUUAGCCAAAAUAUAAUACAAUACAAGAAUACAUAUAGGAAUUGUAAGGUGGCAAGGGAGCCUAGAAGAAACCAGAAGGCUUAUGAAGCCUGGGCCCCCAGUCUCAAAGAAAUAGGCAAAAUAAAAUGAAAUUCGCGGAGUGAUACGUUGAAAAUAGGAACUAAACAGAGACUGAUGAGUUAAGUUAUGAAUUCAGUAACAAGACAGAAAAAAAAUUUCAACUCUGGAUUGGAACAGAAUACUUUCUUUUGUUAGUAUGGCAGAAAGGAAUAUAACAUCGAUUUGAACUACGCGUUCAUUGUUUAGGGCCGCCAUGUUGUUUUCAUCAAGUCGAAGUGCAUCACUUUAAUCGCCCAAAAAUCAGCAAUAAUUCAUUGAUUCGAGAUCAAAAAUCCAACAAACACAUCGCAAACGGAUAUAAAAAGCUAGUUCAUACCUUUAAACGCGAGGCUGUACAAUUUUUUGUCGCAAAAAACCUUGCCGUAAAUGUAUGGCUCUUAGAGUUUAUAGCACUCCUUACUACUUUAACUUACUGUAUUGGUUUCUUAUUCUGGCAUCCUCGUUCUUUUUACAUUAGAAUAUGCUUUAUUUAUCCGGGGGGGCUGAAUUUGUGUUUGUAUAUAUUGCGUCUACAGUGGUUUAUUG